UCCCCUGGGCUCAUGACCUGAGCCCAAGACAGACACUUAGCCAACGGAGCCACCCAGGCACCCUGAAUAGACUCAUUCUGUAGGAGUUUUUGUCCUAGAGAACUUGCAAAUAGAUGCGCCAGCUCCCAGGUUGGAGGAAGGGCCCUAAGGAAUGUGUGGAAGGCGGCAUCGUCGCCUGCUUGGAUUAUGACAAUGGCCUCCUAACUGUGCUCCCACUUCCACGUUGGGCCCCCAACAUCCAUGAUGCUGGAACAGAGGGACCCUGAGGCACACUCCACUCCAACCCAGGGUGGUCAGCAGGUCAUGGCAAGCGGGAGACGUGAUGCUAAUGACUCCGGCUCCACGUGGCGACCAUUCAGGAAAAAGCUGCAAUGUUCUCUCUGCCACAUUAAUCAGAGAAACACAUCAAGAGCUGUUGCAUGGAGACAGCUUUCCUCCCAGUACCUGCCCUGCAUGCUAAUCACCACCCCUCCUGGCGGUGCAGGCACCGCUUACCUCGUUCUUAUGAUCCAGCUGGAGACCUUUGCCCUGCACCCCCAGGAGGAGGGGGCUCUCUUCCAGCCCAAUCCCUGCUGCCACACAGAAAACUCAGCUAUAGCCAUGAACUUGGAGAAACACCCACUCCUCUUCUAUCACAGCUGUCCCCGCUCUCCAGGCCUGCUUACCGGGUAAUGAUGGAAAUACCUCUGACUACCACUGACGGGGCACUCACGGUUCAGGACACCAAGUGCUUUACAUGUAUUACCUGACGUCAUUUUCACAAACUUGGCAAGGUGGGUGCCUCUAUGAUUUACAGGUGGGGAAAUGGAGGCUCAGAGAGGUUAAGUAACUUGACCCAGGUCACACAGCUGGUUAGCUCCAAUGCCAGGUUUGGAAACCAGGUCUUUGUCAGACUCCAGAGCUGGUGGGCUAAAGCGGUGGGCCACCUUGGCUCCCACUUACUUCACCUGCACCCUCCCCUUCCAUGCAGCUCUGUCUUCUGUUCACUCCCCUCCCCUGGUGCUCUACUCUGCCAGGGGCUCAAGAGGUCAAGAUCAUCAGGGUUCUGUCGGGAAGGCAGGUCCUUAUUCUGAUCGUGUCCAACCUCCUCCAGCUGCCCAAGGACCAACGUCUAGUCCCAAGCCCCAUGCAGGUGCCCAGGUCAUUUUGCGGCUGAGGAAAGACAGGCAGAGUGAUGGGGGCAAGCUCUAAUCACCAUUUAACACCCCAGAGCCAAUAAUACCCAUGGAGAUAAAGUAUACUGUAUCUGCUGGCCUGAAAAGAUGUCCUCAUAUAUUGUUCUACUGAAAAAGGACAACAAAACAAGGUUGUUUUUUUUUCUAUUUUAAAUUUUUCUUUCUUUCUUUUUUUUAGUUAUCUCUUUGUCUAACCUGGAGUUCGUACUCACAA